AUGCGUAUUGGUCAAGCUGAAGUCAUUACUCAACCGGCCCCUCGAAUUAUUUCCCGAGUGGCCCACUCCUCUAAGGACAAGCCGAUCGAGGUUGAGGAUGAUGAUGAUGAGGACGAUAAUGUCAGCCUUGCUGACAAACUCAAGGGUCGAAAAAGGAAAGCUAAACCUACUGCUUCGGUUAGCCAGAAGAAGGCCAAGGGAGCUGGUGCUUCUACAACCAGCAAGGCUUCUACAUUGGUAUCUGAUGCUCAGCUUGAAGUCGAUGGCAAAGAAGGUGGUGGCGACGCCGCUAUUCAGGCUGAUGUCCAUGAACAUUCCACUUCCAAUGCUCCAUCCCGUGGAAAUUCUCCAGCUCCCAACCCUACAAAAUCCAAAGUUGGGGGCGUCAAAAAGCCUCCUAAGGCUGCAUCCUCAGUUAAAAAGACCUCGACGUCUGAGGGAAGGAGGAAGAUUAGGAGCAAAUCUGGUCACAAAUCUCCUCACCGUUCCAAGAGCUCUACCAACUCAAGCUCUUCCAAAGGGUCAACCCGCCAGGAAACUCAAGGUGCAACUUCUCCCAUUCGUGAAACAGAAACUCUUCCUGACAAGGAUACUAGCCCCGUGCCUCCUCCAAAGUCGACUGCUAUUGUGCAACUUUCGCCUCAAGCCAAGGGCGGCCCUUCAUCUCAUGUGUCUAGUGAGAAGCUUGAUACCUUAUUUGAAGAAGACCCCCUAGCGGCUUUGGAUGGCUUUCUCGAUGGCACUUUGGAAUGGGAUUCUCCGCCUCGUCAAGCUGAUGCUACUGCUGAGACUGCUCAAUCCAGUGGACUGGCCAACCUCCAGCAAAUUGAGGAAAGCCUGGGUCGACUGAAAGCUAUUGUCUUCGACAGUGGGUUCCUUGACCAAAUUCAAGCUGAUUCUCAAAUGAGUCAUACUGCUAAGGAAUUGCUCGUCUUUCUUCUUGGUCAAAAGCUUGAUUCUCGCCAGACUGCUGCUUUGGCCGACCUUCAAUCUUUUUUGAUGGAUGCUUUAGCCACUUUUCAUCAAGCCAAGGACGUGGGCCAAGCUGUUAGCCUCAAGGAAGCUAAAGCCUCUUCUGGUAAAGCUCAGGUUGCAGCGAUGAAAGAAGACUUCAAGAAAUUCACUGCCAGGAAGGUUUUGAUAGCAGAUGAAAUUUCUGAUGUCGACACUAAACUUGAGGAGCUGCGUCGAGAGAUUGCCAAGUUGGAGAAGAAACGAGCUGAUUUGGUCGAGGAAGGCCCUGCUGUGAAGACUCAGUUAGAUGCGCUCACUACGGAAUCCAAGGCUCUGAUCAUCUCGACGAAAGAGGUUAUCAAGGACUUGGAGGUUGAUCGGGCUGUCAAGAGGGAUCUCGAAGCCAAGAUCGCCACCUUUGCUGACCGCUUGAGUUCUUUCAAGUCUCAAUUCUAG